AUGCCUUCCCUUGCCACAGGGAUCAGCCAAGACCGAAGGAAGAACAGUGAGCUAUCCACCGAACAAAGGUCAGCCAUCAUCUACGCCCGCCAGGAGGGAGUUUCCGCCACAAAGCUAGCCCAGGUUUUCAAAUGCAGCCGCGGCACGAUCUACAAGACAGUAAAACGCUUCCAAGAAACUAAAGGCCUCUGA